GUCUUUCUCAAGCAUUGACGGGCACCGCAGACGAUUCGUAACGACAAAAAUGCAGCUUCUUCAGCCACCGCUAGGCUUCGUGGCGUGUGCGUGCGUCGUGGUGAUGUACAGCGCGGCAAGCGCCACAGGUACGAGUUUUUUAUGGCUUAGUGCUUUCUGCGCACUGGCGGCGUUUUUUGUGCGCGUAGCUUCGAACUUCAGACACAACUUAGGUGGGGAGAGUUUUAACGCCCGUCGCCGGAGCAAUUCGAUUAUUGCGUACACGCUUCUUUUUGCCAGUUUUCUGUACGGUCUGAAAACUCUGGGGCCUCUGCGCUUUAUCCUGCAAGCGGCAUGCGUUGCAGGACUUCCAAGCAUUCUCCGCUGCAGAAAAGGUCCGCGGUUUGCAAAACUUAUCUGUACUGCGGUGUGCAGCGCCAUUCUCAUGGUAAUAAGCGACCCCGGGCAAAAGACACCGCCUUCCAUCAUUUACGGCGUCAUUGGAAUUCUUUGCGUGGCACUCGCAGGACGGCUCGCGGCGUCUGAGGCAGUGAAAACGGCCGAUACAUACUCUCUUAUCUUCUCCACCGUUGUCCUCGGCAUUGUUGGUUUUGUCGUCACAGUAUGGCAGAAGCAAGCUACAGCGCCAAGUGAAAUGCGUGUUCUGCUCAGUUUCUGCAUCGCUGCCGUUGCCCUUUUCGGUUGUGUACAUCUGGGAUUGGUGGGGCAAGCUAACUUCUGGUCAUUUAUUGCUGCGCUGGCUGGUGUUCUUAUUUCUUCUCUGCUGUGCGCGACUUCGGCAUUCCCAUCGCUGACUAGCUGGGAGUGUGUUGCACUGACAAUUGCAUCGUUCUCGCUUUGGGGGGCUCACAAGAGGGUCAGUUUUUCCGACGGCUCGUCAAUUUCCGAGGGAGCGGGCUUGUUUGACCCGGCACAGCUCUUCAAGAAAUCAAAGCAGUAUCCCGAUAAUGUCGGCAUUAUCGCAACGUUAAUGUCGAACUCACGAGAACGCAAACUAUUCGUUUUUCUUCUGUUAACAUUUGCAAUCAUGCUGUUGGAGUUUUUGUACGGCAUUGCAGUGAAUUCACUAGGUCUCAUUUCAGACUCGUUUCACAUGAUGCUCGACGGCACGUCUAUCGCCAUUGGGCUUUACGCGGCACACGCCGCUUCUUGGCGACCGGACGAAAAAACACACCCUUUUGGAUACGCACGAUAUGAAGUUUUUGGCGGAUUUGUCAACGGUAUUUUGCUUCUUUUUAUUGCGCUUUACGUCACUGUUGAGUCUAUUCAGCGCAUUAUCGACCCACCGGAGAUAGAAGGCCCAUAUCUGCUUCUCGUCUCUGUUAUUGGACUUGUAGUGAACAUUAUUGGUAUUAUUUUCUUCCACGACUCGCACGGCCACAGCCACUCCCAUUCACACGGUGAAGGUGGUGGUGGUCACGUUGAUCAUAACAUGAGAGGCGUGUAUUUGCACAUUCUGGCGGAUUUACUGGGAAGCGUGAGUGUUAUUAUUUCCAGCGUUAUCAUUUACUUUUUUGGUUUCUGGGUCGCCGAUCCAAUUUGCAGUGCACUCAGCGCGGUGCUCAUUUUGAUGUCUGCAUUUCCUUUGCUGGAAGAGACAGGAAAGGUACUGCUGCUGUCCGCUCCCGAAUACGGCAAGGAUUAUUCGGAUGAGCUACGUGUGGCAAUUCUUGAAACAGGUUUACUUCAAGAUGUCGUGACACCAACAAUUUGGGUGCACUCAACUCCUCCGCGAGAGCUUGUAAUUUGCACUGUCGCUGGCAAAAUGCGAAGCGGCAACGAAUAUGCAAGCACAAGAAAGAAACUGAUCGAUACUGUUUCGCAUCACAUGAUGAAUCAUUUGGAUGCGCACAACGUUAGCGUCGUUAUUCAUCUGGAGUAG